UUUUAAGACAAACACUAUCUUUGGCUAAUUGGCAUUGAGAGAUAAUUUAAGUCAAAGUAUCUGCUCUAUGCUAACAAGAGCAUACCAUGGCCAAGAGAGUUGCAGUGAUUGGAGCUGGUGUGAGUGGCCUGUCCUCCAUCAAAUGUUGCUUAGACGAGGGCUUGGAGCCCACCUGCUUUGAGAGAACUAAUAACAUCGGGGGACUAUGGAAGUUUACUGAAUCUUCUGAAGAUGGGAUGACCAGAGUCUACAGGUCCUUAGUGACAAAUGUCUGCAAGGAAAUGUCAUGUUACAGUGACUUCCCAUUCCAAGAAGAUUAUCCCAAUUUUAUGAACCAAGGAAAAUUUUGGAACUAUCUCCAUGAAUUUGCUGAGCACUUUGACCUCCUGAAAUAUAUUCAAUUUAAGACCACUGUGUGCAGUGUAACAAAGCAUCCAGACUUCUCUGAAACUGGCCAAUGGAAUGUCGUCACAGAAAGAGAGGGCAAGCAGGAUAGAGCUAUCUUUGAUGCUGUCAUGGUUUGCACCGGGCGUUUCUUGAAUCCCCGUUUACCUUUGGAAUCCUUCCCUGGAAUCCAUAAGUUUAAAGGCCAGAUCCUGCACAGCCAAGAGUACAAGUUUCCAGAAGGCUUUCAGGGCAAACGUGUCCUAGUGCUCGGUCUUGGGAACACUGGAGGAGACAUUGCAGUGGAGCUCAGCCGAACAGCAGCUCAGGUACUUCUCAGUACUAGAACUGGUACCUGGGUUGUCAGCCGCUCUGCAGAUAAGGGCUACCCUUAUAAUAUGAUGAUUACAAGAAGAUGCGUUAAUUUUAUUGUAAAAGUAAUGCCUUCGUGUUUCCUCAACUGGAUUCAAGAGAGGCAGAUGAAUAAAAGAUUUAACCAUGAGAAUUAUGGAUUAAGUAUUACAAAGGGGAAAAAAACGAAGUUAAUCGUGAAUGAUGAGCUGCCAACCUGUAUCCUCUGUGGGGCAGUCACAAUUAAAACUAGCGUGAUGGAGUUUACAGAAAACUCUGCUAUUUUUGAAGAUGGGACAGUGGCAGAAAACAUCGAUAUCGUGAUCUUCACUACAGGAUAUACCUUUUCUUUUCCCUUUUUUGAAGAACCUCUCAAAAGCCUUUGUACAAAGAAGUUGUUUCUAUACAAGCAGAUCUUUCCUUCAAACCUGGAGAGGGCAACAUUAGCCAUCAUCGGCCACAUCGGCAUUACAGGGUCCGUCUUAGCAGCCACAGAGCUUCAAGCACGAUGGGUCACAAGAGUAUUCAAAGGACUCUGUAAGAUACCUCCAUCCCAAAAACUGAUGGCUGAGGCUACUAAGAUGGAGCAGCUCCUUAAGAGGGGAGUGAUUAAAGAUACCAGUGAAGAAAAACUCAGCUACAUUCUCUACUUGGACGAUCUCGCUGCAUGCAUAGGUGUGAAGCCCAACAUCCCAUUUCUGUUCCUCAAGGAUCCCAGAUUAGCUUGGGAAGUUUUCUUUGGGCCAUGUACUCCUUACCAGUACCGCCUAAUGGGCCCUGGAAAAUGGGACGGAGCCAGAAAUGCCAUCCUGACCCAGUGGGACAGGACACUAAAACCUUUAAAAACUCGAAUUGUUCCUGACUCCUCCAAGCCUGCUUCUGCAUCACAUUAUUUAAAAGUUUGGAGUGCACCAAUCCUACUUGCCUCUGUUCUACUUUUCUGUAAAUCUCCGCUUUUUUGGAAAUUGUUGUCAGAUAAGCUACAGGCUAGAAUUUCCCCUUACCUAGUAAGGAUUUGGUGAGGGUGAAUCCAAUUGGUUAGUAGGGUUGCACCACCCCGUAUUACUUCUAUCUCCAAAUAUCUUGUACAUCCCUCCUCUCUUCUCCAUCAUAACUGCUGCAAUCCAAGUUCAAAUCCAACUGUCUCUUAUCUGAA